AUGUCCUCUCGCGCUCUGCGCAAGGCGCAACGCGAGAAGGAAGAACAAGAUCGUCUAAAGCAACUCGAGCAGGAAGCAGAAGCUUUACAGGAAGAAGACUCGGACCAUGAGGUCCCCGCUGCACAACCGAAGAAGAGUGCAUUCGCCGUGCUACUCGAGGACGACGAUGACCAAGUUGAAGAGGCAGACGAUGGCAUAGAAGAGGACGAUACGACCCCAGAGGUGCCUGCGACAGCGUCCAUACCAAAGACAACAUUGAAAAAGAAGAAAAAGAAGAAGAAAGCCAAGACUACUGGAGGUACAGCAACACCAGAAGUUAGCAAAGAGCAGGAGCUAGAUGAGAUCGACGCGGCACUGAAAGAGUUGUCCACGAACAAGAAUGGCUCACAAGCCACUACUACAGCUGGCAUCGACCAAACAGUCAAUGAAGCCAGCAAGCUACUUGCGAUCGACUCGAACCACCUCCAUGCGCAAAACGAGAUGCGAAGACUGUUUGGACGUGCUGCACUGCAGCAAGAUGAGGACGAACAGCCAGCAGCCGAAGCCGUGGGUGGCAACAGAAGGCAGCAAAGACGAGUACAACAGGUCGGACUUGCACAAGCUCUGCGAGGGCAACAGCAGGGCGGUCGCUCCGGCCUUUCAGCUAUUGCACUAAGACGAAACAUCUUCAUCCAGGGCAAGGAGGAGUGGCCAAUGGCAACAAGCGGUGGUCUCAGCAUGGACGUUGAAGAGAAGCGAGCAGAUGGCACAGUACUGUAUCGAUUUGUGCACAACACGGCCUACCAGGAUGUCCAGUCACAGUUUGAGACAUGUGUGGAAUCUAUGGACCCAAACCGACUUGUUGCUCUUUUGCGACUCAACCCAUACCACAUAUCGACACUGCUUCAGGUAUCAGAGAUCGCCAAGCAGGAUCGAGACCACGCUACCUCUGGAGAUCUUCUCGAACGUGCUCUUUUCUCCUUCGGACGAGCUGUUCACAGCACAUUUGCCAAAAACUUGGCCGAGGGUAAAGCACGACUCGACUUCAGAAGGGCAGAGAAUCGCGAGUUUUGGCUUGCGAGCUGGCGAUAUAUGCAGAACCUGACAAUGCGAGCUACAUGGAGAACAGUCUACGAGUGGGCAAAGCUACUGCUCUCACUAUCGCCAGAAGACGACCCAUAUGCACUUUGGCUUGUGCUUGAUCAGUAUGCGCUAAGGUCGCGUCAGGAUCUUGACUACCUCAACAUUAGUCGCAACAGCACUUUCAGAGCCGUUCACCACGAUAUGCCUAAUGUCCAGCUAAGUCAAGGCUUGGCAGAGUUUCGAGCUGGUAACCAAGGUAAGGGCAAGCAAGCAUUGUUCACUGCGAUGGGCCAAUACCCUUGGCUCGUCGCGAGAUUGUGUCAAGAACUCAACAUUGACCCUCCACCUGGUGUUUGGGGCAAAGAAGCAAGGACAGAACGAGAAAAGCUACAUGCAGAGCUUUACGCGACUCGAGCAAAGGAUCUCUGGAAUACUCCGGAGACUAUUGCUCUACUGAACGAAAUUGCUAGUGCGCUACCUCCCGACACACCAUCGGCAGCAGUAGACGCAGACGACAUCACACGGGAAGAAGCACGCCACGUACUCCUGUCUGACGUGCCUGCCCUCAUUGCCCUGAUUCCUCGAAGCUACACUGCGCAACUCGAGAGCUCGUCGGAUCCACUACCACCGGACGACUCGUACAUGUCAUACCUGUCCCGAGUCAGUGGUCGGUCGAGAGGCGGUGGCGGCCAUAUGGGCCUCGAUCAGAUCGAGAACAGCGUCCGCGAGAUCCAGAACCUCCAUCAGUUCUUCGCGAGGCUAUUUCCAUGGUUCAGACGUGGCGGUGAAGCGAACGAAGACGCUGAGCAUGACAACGAUGGUGCUGCUGAUGCUGACGAAGGUCAUGUUAUCGACGAGGAGGCUAUGCCUCCCGACCAGGAGACUCUUAUGCGCCAAGUCGAAGAAGCUGGCUACACGCGGGCAGAGUUCGCAGAGCGAGCGCAACGACUUAUUACUCUUCAAGGCCAAUUGUUCGGCGGCGGUACUGGAGUCGGACCUGAAGUCAUGGCUCGGAUCGCGACGGAGCAUGUCAACAAUGCUGCUAUGCGCCAUGAGGAUGAGGAAGGCGAAGGCGUGCCAAGUCAAUUCCAUCAACCACGAGUGGAAGACGAGACGGACGAAGGUUGA